CUCUCUUUCGAGUUGCGCCGAAGAGAGAAAGAGAGAAAGAGAGAAAGAGAGAGAGAGCCAGGCGGGGCGUGUGUGCGUGCGCGUAUCUGUGUCUGUCUCCGUGUCCGUGUCUGUGUCUGUGACUUUGUCUGUGUCUGUGGCUGUGGCUGUGGCUGACUCCUUGAGCAAGGCGAGCCAUGAACUCGUUCUUCGUCAUGGUGGGCUCGGACGACACGCUGCUGUUUGAGAACCAGGUGAUUAACAACGGCAAGGCCGCAUCGCUGGCUUCGGUCGGCCUCUCGUCGGGUAUGGACAAGGCGGAUCAGAAGGACGUACUGACGCACUUUGUGCUGUUUUCGGCGCUGGACGUUGUGGAUGAGGAGAUGUGGCGGACGCAGAACAUGUUCCUUCGCAAGGUCGACAAGUUUGAGGAGUGGGAGGUCUCGGCCUUUGUCACGGCCGGCAACAUCCGGUUCCUCAUCCUCCAUGAUGCGCGCAACGACGACGGCAUCCGAACCUUCUUUACCCGCGUCUACGAUUUGUACAUGAAGAUGGCGCUUAACCCAUUCUACAAGCUCAACUCGCCGAUCACCUCGCCGUCGUUUGCCGCCAAGGUCCGGGCGCUCGCCGACGAGCAUCUGUAGCGGCGGCGCGUGCGAGAUCGAUAAAUGGGGAGGCAAAGAGGCCA